GGAAGGGCGGGUGGACCCCGGUGAGCGAGCGAGUAGCGAGCGCGCGCGCGUGCGUCUGGACUUUUUUUAAUAGACAUAACGGUUACCCAAGAAGCCGCCUCGGAGUUUUGACAGGACAGCGAGUUCGGGUGGAACGCAUCAGCGGAAAGCCCGAGCCUGCUGUUCUGGGUGGCGACUGGCGCCUGACAGCCGAACGUCAUCUCUCGAUUUGAAACGAGAAGCUUCGGUGAUGGGACCACUCCCAUAAAAAAAACAAAAAAAAAAAAAAAAACAACGAAGCGAACUUUUUAAAACGCGUUUGCCUUACGGACGCCGUGUGACAGUACCGCCAAAGCGAGGACCAGAGUGACGGCGACUAAACUUUUUGAGCGUUUACAGGUUGCUGAAGACUUGAGUCAGCGAAAAUGCAGAGCAUCAAGUGUGUUGUUGUAGGUGAUGGUGCCGUGGGAAAAACAUGCUUAUUAAUCUCCUACACAACCAAUGCCUUUCCCAAAGAGUACAUCCCCACCGUAUUUGACAACUACAGCUCCCAAAUGACAGUUGAUGGAAGGACUAUCAGCCUCAACCUGUGGGACACAGCUGGUCAAGAAGAAUACGACCGUCUACGCACGCUUUCCUACCCACAGACCAACGUUUUUGUCAUCUGCUUCUCUAUUGCUAGCCCACCAUCCUAUGAGAAUGUGAAACAUAAAUGGCACCCAGAAGUCACCCACCACUGCCCAAAUGUGCCUAUUCUACUAGUGGGCACCAAGAAGGAUCUUCGGAAUGACCCAGAUGUUGCAAAGAAGCUGAAAGAGCAGAACCAAACCACUAUCAGCUCGCAGCAAGGGGCAGCGCUGGCACGCCAGAUUCAUGCCAUCAAGUACAUGGAGUGCUCGGCUCUCAAUCACGAAGGCAUCAAGGAAGUAUUUACUGAAGCCGUGAGGGCUUUUCUAAACCCUCAGCCCGCACCAACCAGAAAGCCCUGCGUGCUUUUGUAAUUUAGCCAAAGAUGGAAAACGAGCAGCCAUAAUAAGCCGGGAGAUUCGAAACAGAUGUAUUGUUUAACAACUUACCGUUCACUACAACAGUGCUCCUUUUUGUUCUGUCUGGGGUGCAGGUCCUAAUGUGGGUCAUUUUAAAAUGCACGCUGCCUAUGGACUCGUAUCCUGGAUGUGACGUAGUGUACAGUUGCUGUUGUGACCUAUGAUGUAUGGCUUUUAAAUAAUCAGGAAUUCUAGCCACCGCUGUGCAAGUGCCAUGGCGUUUCUUGGCCUCUUUAUGCUUUCUUUACUGCUAAGCUUAAGCAAAUGGAAACUGAUGAACCGAUGUUGGUCCUGCCAUAAUUUACUUAGAUGUGUGAGGUUUUCUGUGCGCAAAUGAAAUGCGGAAAAGGAUAUUUUUAUAAUGGAAAGCAAAAUCUUGUCGUGUAAGACAGUAACAAGUCAGGACUGCUUAAGCAGAUUCUUCAUAAUAGCUUUGAGCAAAAAAACAGUUAGCUUUACAUUUAUUUCUAAAAGGUCCCCUUGUGAUUUGCGACAUGUUAUUGCAAGUAAUGUCCAGAAUGACUGUCUAAUUAGUAGCUCGGAAAGAAUUCAUUGUGAAAUUUUGCAUAGGCUGAGACAUAAAGGGAAAACUACAAAGUUCCCCUUCUCUCGAUUAGUUGCAGGCUUCCUUUCCUGCCUUUAUGUAUUAAAAAAAAGGGAAAUACCACACGUAAAUGUGACUCUCUCAGUAAGCAUAUCACACUUUCAGUCAGUUUUCAUGCCAAUGCGCAGGCGUAGAGCACUUUAGCUACCAGAAACAGACAAGUUUGCUCCACAGUAUGUCCCACCUUUAGCUGUGAACACCACCCAAGAGAGGUGUCUGCAGCACAGAUGUGCCAGGCGGCCCGCUCGGCCCCCCUCAGUCUUCAGUCUUAAUGGAGAGUAUCAGCUUUACAAAGCGUUCAACAACCCAACAGCUUACUCGAGUCUCUCUCUCUAGGUGCGUCCACACGGCCGGCUUCUCGGUUGUCACUCUCAGUUUACUGACUGGUGCUAUGGACUUGGAAACAACACCAACACGUGAUGCUGUAGGCUAAGCGGGAAAGAAAAAAAAAUUCAGAUUUCAAAAAAUAAAUAAAUGUGCAAUUGAAAAUUCAGAGAGAAAACGGGUCCCCGUUCGACACACUUUACAUCUUUCCGCCUUCUAUGGACUUUCAGUCAAGGCUUUUUGAAUUGGCAUCCAAGCCAAAGUGCACUGUAAAAUAAACACUUGGAAGUGGAAGUUUACAACAUCAAUGAGAGAAUGGAAGCCACAUGAAUUCAAACUUUAAUUUAAUGCAUAAUUAUGUUCCCUAUUUUAAAGCUUUAUUAGCAGAGGAAAUAAAGUCCCCUACUUCUCACAAAGCUGGAAGAUGGCAGCUUAAGCAAGAAUCUCCAACGUUGCCAGUACAAGCUAUAUGGCCUCCUUUAACCUUGGGGUUGCACUCACUCUUGUUACCCACAGAAGGCGGACAUCUGGAGGUGUCACCCAGAGGCCUUGUGGUAUCAAAUGUGACCACAUUUGUUUCAAGAAGAAGCUGCAAAAACGUAGUCGUCACACCACCGUUACUGCACUGAAUGAAGAGAACUGCCAGUUGCAUUAUGGUUUUCCCAUGAUAACCGUGACAAAUAGAAGAAGUUGUGGUCAAAAGGAUUUUGACAUCAGAUGAAUUCAAAUUGACUUGUGAAUGGGCAGACCAUGAUGCACUGUGCUACCUGGAAGUCCAUCCUGGUUAAGACCUACAGCAACGCACUGAACUGUCGAUACCUCUGAAUUCUCUCUUCUCCAGGGUUGGGACUUUGGGGGGUGGCGUGUGUCAGCUGGGUAUUUCAGUGCCCACCAAUCAUCUCUGAGCAGCACAGGCAGCUCAUGGCUAAAGGAAGCCAUUCUUAGGAAAACACAGUUACAUGUGCAGCAAACCCCUUAAUUCACUGGUCACACAGCCGUGAACGCGCUCGGCCAUUUGUUGGAAUGCGUCAGCCUGUGAAUCAUGGGUUAGGUUUAGAAGAAAUAAUAUUGGUACAGACGAGGCAGCACUCACCUGGUAAGCACGGAGGUGCCAAAGAAGAAACGGUCUGAUCUCAGGUGGCAAGUUCUAGAAUAGUGCGUGAUUCAUUAGUGGGUUUGAACAAGAGCGGUGCCCGCAGAUUUAGUUAGGUACUUUGUUUGUUGAACUUUUCUUCCUUAUUAAGUAAUGCAACUGAGUCGGCCCCUGCAGCGUAGUGACGGAUCCUCCUGACAGGUUCCGCUUACGCCGAGACCCUUGGGUCAGCUUUGAAUGUAUCGAAAAGAAACAGCCGACGGGCUGCUGCUAUUCCUUUAAGUGAUCUGUGGUACUGAGAAAAGCUUUUAAUUUAUUUAUGAUUUCACAAACAUGAGGCGACUUUUAAACACAAUUCAGUUAUGGGUAAAAAACGGUGGCUUUAUAUAUGGUUUGAGAGCCUGAGUUAACUAUUGCUUGACCAUUUAUUUUAAAAUAAACAAAGAGUUGUUUCAUUCUCUUAUUUUACCCGAAAUUGCAUUCCACCUAUUUUUAUUUAUUUAUUUGCUUUAGUUACAAAACAUUGCUUUCAUUGUAUUGAGAUAAAAUGGCUAACUGUUAUUUACGAACACAAACAUUUGUGUUUAUGGUUAUCCACCCAGAAUGUGCCGUCUUCCAAUCGUUUUGUAAAUUCUGAGAUAAUUUUCAAAUGGCAGAUUAACGUUUGCAUGUGCAAGCCGAGCCCUUCGGUUUAUACUGAGAAGUGGUCUUGCUGGACGGCCCUUUUACAAAGGCUGGCACAGUUUCUAAGGUGCACCCACGGCUAGUCAGCUGAUUGGAGGGGCGAUGAGAAGAAGUCCAAGUGUCAGCUUCUACCGGUGACUUAGAUUGUUUUUUUUUUUUUUAUAUAUUUUAUUAAUGGAAUCUUUGCUUACUCAUCCUUAUAUUGUCAAAGCUUUCUUUAAUUUAUGAUUUCAACGUUUUCAAAAUAAAUAACACUUGUAUUUUU